UAUGGUGUCGAUGUCGUACAGAAGGACGCACGUUAUUAUUUUGUUUUAGUAAAAACUAUAAUUGUAUCGAAUGUAACUUUGAAACAGUUUUGUUACUUACGCUGUAUUCUAAUAAAAGCAAAUGUUUUAUGUUAAUGUUAAGACUAAAUUAUUCGAGUAGUUGCUUUCCAAAAGACGCUUUCAAGUGGCCUCAUCUCACAUUAAGUGCUCAAUUAUGUUGACGUGCCCGAUUGAGGCUGUGGAGUGAAAGUUCUUGAUGAAACUUUUGCUUCGGGUGUAGAGAAAAUAUGUGUGAAGUGAGACGGAUAAAGUAGUGGUUUAUAACAUCCUAAAUGGAAAACGUUGGCUUCCAACCGAGCGGGGAGGAGAUUGAGCGAGCGCUGAUGGAUCUAGGGCCCCUGCUCGGAGUCACCAUCAAGGAGGAAGCGUCCGAGGAGCUACCGGAAGCUAUCGCCGGGCCCGCGCCUGCACUCGCACCUAAUCUCAAUGUGGGCAGUGGUAGUGCAGGAGAGGGUGGCGAGGCUGAGGGUGAUGGCAAGCCAGAGGGCGAAGGCGCGGACUCGCUGGCGUCGCCGCGUGCAGGUGGUGUGGCGCGCUGUAUACUGUGCCACACACCGCUGGCGCACGCUGAUGGCACCCCCAAGCUCAUGGAGUGUCUGCACUCUGCCUGUGAGCCCUGUAUCAAGGCCAAGCUUGAUGAGAAGCUCUCUACCAAUCGUGACUUCUUAGGAGCGUCGCGGGUGACGAUAACAUGCCCCGCGUGCCGGCUGCAGUGUCAGCCUGCCAACAUGAUCGACCAGCGCUUCGUCCUCGAGAAGAUGGCGCUCGAGCAGGCCGGCGCAGGUGCGGGGGGCGCGGGCGGCGGCGCGGGCGAGCAGCAAUGCAACAGCUGCGAGGACCCGGAGCCCGCCACCAGCUACUGCGUCGACUGCGCAGAGUUCAUCUGUGACAGCUGCGUCAGCGCACACCAGAGGCUGAAGAUCACCAAGGACCACACGAUCAAGUCGAAGGAGGAGGCGGUGGCGGAGCUGCAGGCGGCGCAGGCCAGCGCGCGCUCCGCACAGGACAUGUUCUGCCGAGACCAUCCGCAGGAGCGGCUGAGCUUGUUCUGCGAGACGUGCGACCGGCUGACGUGUCGCGACUGCCAGCUGCAGCAUCACCGCGACCACAAGUACCAGUUCAGCACGGAGAUGGCGGCGCAGGCGCGCGCGGGCAUCGCGGCGCUGCUGUCGGAGGUGAGCUACAAGCGCGUGCUGCUCGGCUCCGCCAUGAAGGUGAUCCGCGACCGGCAGCAUCUCAUCGCCGACAAGAAGAAGGCGCUCGUGCACGAGAUCACGCAGACCGUCGUCAAGCUGACGAACGCGAUCAACACGCGCGGCAAGCAGCUGGUGCUGCGGCUGAACGAGGUGUGCGACGCCAAGCAGCGCACUCUCUCCGAGAAGAAGGACGCGCUCGAGCAGCUCGCCGCCAUCACCGACCACUGCGUCGACUUCGUGAACGUCGCGCUGCAGCAGGGCAGCGACACGGCCGUGCUGUACAGCAAGCGCGCCGUGUGCGCACAUCUGCAGCGCAUCAAGUCGCGCCGCGCCGACAUACCCAACCCCGAGAUCCCCGUGCGCAUCAGCCUCGCGCUCGACAAGCUGCCCGACCUCGUGCGCGUGCUGUCGACUAUCGGCGCCAUCGUGGUGGACGGCAAGGUGGACGGCGGCGCGCAGGGCCCCUACCACCCGCCGGCCGCCACGCCGCCCGCCGCCCAGCACCCGCCGCAUGUCGCCCACCCGCAGCACGCCCAGCUGCAGCAGCAGCAGUCGGCCGUCGUCGCGCUGCAGCAGGUCGCCAUGCACCAGACGUUGGCGCGCUAUCAGUCGUACGUGCAGGCGGCGGGCGGCGUGGGCGUAGGCGUGAACGUGGGCGUGGGCAACGCGCUGCCGCCGCUGGGCAGAGCGCGCGCCCACACGCCGCUGCGCCAUCCGCACGUCACCUCCACCACGCACCCGCACCACCUGCAUGGUAUGAAUGAAAUGAACCUGCGCGGUCUGCUCAACUCUGGCGGGCAGCGGCGCGCCCUGGCGCUGCCGGCGGCGCAGGCGGCGCAGGCACAGGCGCAAGCCGCGCAGGCGCAGGCGCACGCCCUACACGCCUACCAGCACAUGAUGGGCGCGUACGGGUAUGGCGCCGGGGGCGGGGGCGGGGGCGGGAGCGGAGGCGGGACGGUUGCGAGCGUGGGCGGGGCGGGGCCGGGGAGCGGGGGCGGCAGCGGGCGACGCAGCGGGGGGCCGCGCACGCCCUCCCCCGCGCCCCACUACACGCCGCACCACGCGCCGCAGCACACGCCCAUGCUCGCCAAGUGGCACAUCCCACAACACCAGCUGGCCAACGGUGGGUUCGAAGGCGGGCCGUCCUCGGCUGCGAGCGCAGGCGGCGGGGGCGGCGCCGAGUACAAGAUCACGCUGAGCCGGCAGCCGCCCCGCGCGCCCGUCGUCACCUCCACCAACCCCAAGACGCCCAGCCCCAGCCUCAACGGCGGCGUCUCCUCGGAGCUGGACAAGGUCUGCGCGGAGUCGGUGCAGGACCUGAUGGCCACCAUAGCCAAGCUGGACUCCAAUGGCGUGCAGGUUGUGGCGGAGGGUGCGUCGCCGUCGCCCUCGCCCGCACAGCACGUGCACUCCUCCACCGACGGCGAGCUGCAUCACGCUCCGCAAGGUAAGGCGACAUGCGCGAGCGCAGCCGGAGGCGCGGCGGGCGGCGGCGACCCCAACGAGGAUUGGUGCGCCGUGUGCAUGGACGGCGGCGAGCUGAUGUGCUGCGACAAGUGCCCCAAGGUCUUUCACCAGUACUGCCACAUACCCACCAUCGAGAAGUUGCCCGAUGAGUCGGAGACGUGGCAGUGCCUGCUGUGUGUGAACUUCGCGGAGCUGCCGCCGGAGAGCGAGGCGGAGGUGGCGGCGAGCGCGGGCGAGCUGAGCGGCCGCCAGCGCCAGCUCGUCGAGCGCCUCACGCUCGAGCUCUACUGCCAGUACGAGCUCAGUCUGCCCUUCCGCGAGCCCGUGCCCGCCCACAAUCUGCACUACCACAGCAAGGUGGCGCGGCCGAUGUGUCUCGACAUGAUCCGCAUGAAGCUGCAGCCGCGCAGUGAGGCGCGCUACACGCACACGGCACAGUUCGUCGCCGACUGCCGGCUGCUCUUCCGCAAUGCGUACCACUACUACACGCCGGACUCGCAGAUGUACAAGGACGCAAAGAGGCUGGAGGAGUUCUUCGACGCGCAGCUGUUGAAGUGGCUGCCGGAAUACGCGUACUGGAGCGGCGAGGGCGAGCCGCCCGCCAAGCGCCCCCGCCUCGACUGACACCACGCC